AGAAAAACAUAUGUUUGUUUUUGCUUAGGUCUAGGUCAGCUGUUAUGUUUUUGAAGGAUUGUUAAAGAUGACAGUCUGAGGUCUGUCUGUUCUCUGUUGUGUCUGUGUCUCUACUAAUUUCUGCUUCUGCUAAUGCUACUGCUAAAUGUUUACAGUACUAACUUAUUUAUUUCUUGAUUGGGAUUCAGUGUGAAAAAAACUAAAAUGGCUGAUGUUGAGCUAGAAGAACAUCUUGAGAGUGACGUUGUUCAAGAGGUAUUAAAAUCAGGGACGGAUUUACGUCAGUACUCACGCCAAAUUGAACAAGAGCUUAAAGAAGUUGAAAAUAAAUCUAUUCAAGAUUAUAUUAAAGAAAGUCAAAAUAUUGUUAGCUUACAUAAUCAAAUAGCAGCAUGUGAUUUUAUACUUGAGAGGAUGGAGAGCAUGUUGCUGGGGUUCCAGUCUGACCUUGGCAGUAUCAGCAGUGAGAUAGUGUCUCUACAACGCAAGUCUGUGUCUAUGUCACAGCAGCUACACAAUCGUCAGGCUGUCAGAGCACAGCUCAGUCAGUUUAUUGACGACAUCGCUGUGCCUCCAACACUGAUUACAGGGAUCUUGGAGUGCAAUGUGACAGAAAAAGAAUUCCCGACCCACUUGGCUGACUUGAACCACAAGAUAAGCUUUGUCAAGGAGCAGAGUUAUAAAGAUGUGAAAGCCUGCCAAGAUGUGAAGGACGUGAUUGAACAGCUGAAAGUCGCAGCAGUCACAAAGAUUCGAGCUUACAUGCUGGAGCAAAUCUCUCGUUUCCGAAAGCCAAUGACUAACUACCAAGUGCCACAGAAUGCGAUGCUCAAGUAUAAAUUUUACUUCGAGUUCACUCUCGCUAAUGAAAGAGCCGUUGCUCAGGAGAUUUGUGGAGAGUAUGUGGAUACAAUGAGUAAGAUCUACUUCUCCUACUUCAAGUCUUACUCCUCGAAGCUUAUGAAGCUACAGUUUGAGGAGCAAGCUGGGAAGGACGACCUGAUGGGCAUAGAGGAGACAGGACACAAGGGAUUGUUCCACAAGUCAUCUCUGAAGCAGAAGAACACCGUAUUCACCAUAGGCAGCCGAGGGGAAGUGCUCACCACACAGCUAGAGGCAGACAUCAUCAUACCUCACUCAGCGCAGAAGAGCGAGAUCAGAUACCCGUACGAGGCCCUGUUCCGCAGUGAGCAGUACGCAUUAGUGGACAACGCAUGUAGAGAGUAUCUAUUCAUCUGUGACUUCUUCAUGGUGAAGGCCAACCAGGCAAUGGAACUGUUCAACCGGAUACUGAGUGAGACUCUUAACCUGAUGGUGAAAAACUUAAAGACGUAUGUGUCGUCUUGCUACGACGGCAUCGCACUGUUCCUGUGUAUGCAUCUGGUGAUGAGAUAUCAGAUGUUGUGCCACAAGCGAGCUGUGCCUGCUCUAGACCAGUAUUGGGAGGCUCUGCAAGCAAUACUGUGGCAAAGGUUUGAGUAUGUGUUCCGCCUGAACAUCCAGAGCGUCAAAGACUGUGAUCCAACUAAGUUCACCAAAGAAACCAAACCACACUAUAUCACACGAAGGUACGCAGAGUUCAGUGCUGCCAUCGUAGGUAUCAGUGAGAGUUUCCCGGAUGAGCAGGUGACCAGACUACUAGCCCAGCUGCUAGAUGAGGUAGAGUGCUAUGUGUUGCGCAUGGCUGCUAUCUUCCCCCAGCGAAAGGAACAGCUCAUCUUCCUCAUCAACAACUAUGACAUGGUCCUCUCUAUACUAAUGGAGAGGACACGGGACAGCUCCAAGGAGAUGGACAGUUUCCGAGAGCAGUUGAGCGGCCGCAGUGCAGAGUAUGUGGAGGAGAUACUCAGUCCGUACUUCGGAGGAGUGAUGCAGUUUGUUAAGGAGGGAGAAGCGUUGGUGGAGAAGGGACAGGGUGAUGCACUCAAGAAACAAGAAGGCAAGGCUCUGCAGCUGGUCCAGUCAUUCUCUAACACAUGGAAGCGUUCUUUAGAGUUGAUCAACCAUGAGGUUCUGUCAUCAUUUCCCAGCCUUGUUACAGGCUCCACAUUACUGCAGCUAGCCUUGACUCAGCUGGUACAGUAUUACCAUAGGUUCAGCAAGCUACUUACACCCAACACCAAAGCCCAGUUGACAAACAUCCACCACAUCAUGGUGGAAAUCAAAAAAUACAAAACCAACUAUUAAUUCACAAGUUAGUUCUAGUGUGCAAUACUUUUGUGAUUUUAAAAUCAAUCUUCCAAACGUUCCAUUUAAAGUAUCAUUGCUGUGUAAAUAUUCGUUUUAUAUACACCAAUUUAUGCUGUAUUUUGUUUGUUGUUUUUCUUUUACACAAUGUAUAUUUUUAAUUGGUAGACUCCCUCUUACUGGACCUGUUUGUUUGGGACUGGUUAGUUAAACGACCACUUUGAUUCACACAUGGGUCGUUUUGUCCACAGUCAUGUAACACACUGUUCAUCUAGCAAUUGAAAACUGCUGGUUUUGGAACAGUAACUGUUCAUUAAGUACAGAUUUAUUGCUGUUUUCAAUGUUUGGUGAUGGAGGCUUAAUGUAAGUUAUGUUUUGAAAACACAUCCAUUAAUUUGUCUUAACCUUUGAUGUUGAGCAUUGGUUUAAAUUCUGACCAGGGUCCAACACAGCAGGGUGUUAAUGAGAGUGAGUCUACUGUAGACUGCUAUUAUACGUUACAAGUUUAAUAUUAAAUUGCUAUUUUUAACUGUUGUUUUAAUUUAGUCCCAUUAUCAUUAUCAAUCGUUUAAGCAGAAUCAUCUUGCAAUCUGUAAAUGAAUAAAA